CUUCUCGCCAGGAUAGUCAACCGAAAUGAAUCAUUAAUGUAUGUGUGUUAUAUUAAACAUAGAGGGAGUAAAAUGUAGGCAAGCAAUAAACAUUUCAGAACUACUAGUCGAAUAUGACAUGGAAGAGAUGACGAAUUUUGACAAAGAGAUUUAUUUAUAGACUAAUACACUUGAAACAAAUAUCCACACUUAAAACUGCAGACAAUACUAGUGCCUCCCCCGCGAUCAAACCGAUAUAUAAAAAGAAACGCAGCAUAACGUGGUCAGAAAUCUUAACUACCAAGGUAGUCGCAGCAAUACAGAAUUGAGUGCGUGCGUGUUCACGCGAAGGGGGAGAACACCGGAAAUAUAUAUAUUUUUUGCGGAAAGAGUAGUGUGCUGAAUUUUGGAUCAGUUAUCUAAUGUUUUCUCUUCAUUCGUGUUUUUGAUUUUGACAUAUCCUGCUUAUUUGGUGGAACGAUGUCGGUUGUACCUCCCAACAGACCUUCAACCGGUUGGCCACGCCGUGGACUGAACCAGUUCGAAAACAAAUACAUCGGCCCGCCUUCCAAACCUGUCACGCUGGAGAGAACCAUCAACUUAUAUCCCCUCACGAAUUACACGUUUGGCACAAAGGAACCUCUCUACGAGAAGGAUAGCUCGGUAACGGCUCGGUUCCAGAGGAUGCGCGAUGAGUUCGAAAAAGUAGGCAUGAGGCGGGCAGUGGAGGGUGUUCUGAUCGUACACGAGCACAGGCUACCACACGUUCUACUGCUGCAGUUGGGGACAACCUUUUUCAAACUUCCUGGUGGAGAAUUGAAUGCAGGGGAGGACGAAGUGGAUGGACUGAAGCGAUUGAUGACAGAGAUCCUGGGGCGUCAGGAUGGAGUGAAGCAGGACUGGGUGAUCGAUGACUCUAUUGGAAACUGGUGGAGACCCAACUUUGAGCCCCCACAGUACCCCUACAUCCCAGCACACAUUACCAAACCCAAAGAGCACAAGAAGCUCUUUUUGGUUCAGUUGCAGGAAAAAGCACUGUUUGCAGUGCCCAAGAACUAUAAGCUGGUGGCUGCCCCUCUCUUUGAGCUGUAUGACAAUGCCCCAGGCUACGGGCCAAUCAUAUCCAGUCUCCCACAACUGCUGAGUAGGUUCAACUUCAUAUACAAUUAAAUCCUACUACUUGAAUGUGGCGACACAAGGACUGUCUCUGUGAGUUCAGCCUGGGCAGAAGAGAAUGGGCAAGCAGGAUUUCACUACACUUCUCUUAAAACAGAGUCCCCAGUAAUACUACACAUUUAAAUAUUGAUCUGGAUGUUUAGAAAAUAAGAAUGUAUUAAUCUUUCUGUGUCAACUUUUAUAGAACUAUUACUUUGUGACAUGAGAAAUUUUGUAGUCACACAAGUAUUGAUUUUCUAUGUUUGUAGAUGGGAGUUGACUGUUUUUAGAACAGUGCUUGUUUUUUUAAAAUCAUUGUAACAUACUACUUUGUCAUCUUUCAUAACUCCUUGGUAAUUCCUUAAAAAGUAAUCUUUUAUUUUCAAUUAAAGAUGGCUUUAAAACAACUAAGAAACUGUUUCCCCUCUGA